AUAUAUUUCAUUUCAUAUGUGCGUUACCGCUCAGAGACAACCUUCAUAUAAACAGUCAUUGGAAAGAACGCAUAGGGCUACUUCAGAACGUCAACAUGAAGGAUUUUAUCUUGUUGGUGCUGGGAGUAGGACUUCUUCAUACAGCAUCUGCUGUGACUCACUCAAUGAAAUAUUUCUACACUGGAUCCUCUGAAGUUUCCAACUUCCCAGAGUUUGUGGUUGUGGGGAUGGUGGAUGGUGUUCAGAUGGUUCACUAUGACAGCAACAGCCAGAGAGCGGUGCCCAAACAGGACUGGAUGACCAGGCAUACAGACACACAGUACUGGGAGAGGAACACAGGGAUUUUCAUGAACUCCCAGCAGAUUUUCAAAGUCGACAUCAAUACUCUAAAGCAGCGUUUUAACCAAAGUGGAGGUGUACACACAUUGAUGGAGAUGUACGGCUGUGAGUGGGACGAGGACACUGGAGUCACAGAGGUGUUUAAACAGUUUGGAUAUGAUGGAGAAGAUUUCGUGGCAUUUGACCUGAAGACCAAGACGUGGAUCGCCCCAACACCACAGGCAGUCAUCACCAAACACAAGUGGGACAAUGACAUGUCUUACAAUGAGUACUGGAAAAACUACCUCACCCAGACCUGCAUUGAGUGGUUGAAGAAGUAUCUGGACUAUGGGAAGAGCACUCUGAAGAGGACAGUCCCUUCAUCAGUGUCUCUGCUCCAGAAGACCCCCUCCUCUCCAGUGACCUGCCACGCUACAGGUUUCUACCCCAGUGGAGUCAUGGUGUCCUGGCAGAAAGAAGGACAAAAUCACCAUGAAGAUGUGGAGCAUGGAGAGACUCUCCAUAACGAUGAUGGAACCUUCCAGAAAAGCACCCACCUCACAGUGACGCCUGAGGAGUGGAAGAACAACAAGUAUCAGUGUGUGGUUCAAGUCGCUGGUAUCAAGGAGGACUUCAUCAAGGUUCUGACUGAGUCUGAGAUCCAGACCAACUGGGGAAAGACCAACAGGGGUGCAAAUGACCCAAACACCAUUGGCUCCAUUGCAAUGGAGCCCGUCAUUGGAGUUGCUGUAGCUCUCCUGGUCAUUGUUGUUAUUGUUGUUGUUGGCGUCGUCAUUUGGAGGAAGAUGAAGAGCGAGAAAGGUGUGAGGAGAGAAGGAUGUUUUGUUCCAACCAGCACGUCUGACACUGACUCUGAGAACUCAUGGAAAGGUUUCCAGAAGACUUGAGUCCUCUCUGCACUUCUGUAACAUCAGAGUCACUUAAGGAAGGAGCUGAAGAUUUUGUUGAAUUAUAAAAUGUAAUAUUUCCAUGGUUUGACUUUUUAAAAUUUGUGCUGUAAUUUUGUUGAAUUAUAUAAUGUAAUAUUACCACUGUGAUAGACGUAUCUCAGUCUUACAGGUAAAUUAGAAUCAAUGGAACACCAGGAAAGUGUGUUUCUGGAAAGGAUUAGAUUGUUGCGAGAUGUUAAAUUAAGAUUUUAAUAUAUAUUAUUCUACAAAAAGAACAUACAUUUGCCUGAUUUUCCCCUAAGUGAAGCCACCAAAACAAUCACAUUUAAAAGAUAUUGCUGUAAACUGAAUAAUUGUUUUGUUUUGUUUGAAUGUGUAGUGUAUGUUUUGGUGGUAUAAGAUACAGUAAUUAUGUGACAUUAUAACUUUGCUCACACUAACUUGUUUAAUUGCAUGGCCAUAAGCCAGACAAGGCCUUUCCACAUGUUCCAGUUGUAAAUUUUUCUCUUUUAUCGAAAGUGGUGUUAUUUUUCUAGCUUAUUGAUUUUAUGAUAUGUUUGAUUUAUGAUGGGGCUUAACACUUUUUGACUGUACGUUCUGUAGUUGGUGAUGGGGAAAGUGAACAUGUAUUUUAUUGCAAGUGUAAAUGUGAUCCAUUUAAGAGAUACAUAAUCAACCACCCUAACAAGACCAAUUAGAGACCAAAUUCAUGUAUUCUGUAAUAAUGUUCUUACACCUUUCAAUAAACUCCACAAUUUCAA